AUGGCGCGGCUCGAAAAAAGGUUUGCCUCAGUCGUUGGCAUCUGCUUCCUCAUGCUUCUGUUUGCGCUGUUUGAAGUUCAACCCCUUGACAUCGGCCCUGGGUUGGAUUCGAAGGGUGCCCCGCACAUCAGCCCUAGCCAACCGUCUGGAGGCGUCUCCUGCACUUCGGAUGACGAGGCGCUGCGACAUGUUCCUCGCAGUGUUGUGGAGACGUGGAAGGAGCGGAAGUUUCUCAUUGUUCUUGGCAUUCCAUCAGUGGAUAUCGAGGCGAGGCGGAGGCGGCGCAACCUGCAGCGGUCGACGUGCUGGCGAUUCCCCGAUGUGGCGACGCGGGCGAACGAGUUCCGCGGUGCGAUGCUUGUGCUCUACUUGCUCGCGCGGCACUCGUCAAACGGCUACAACUACUCUGCCGCGCUGCAGGCGGAGGCGGAGUGGUGGAACGAC